AAACCAGAGGGAAAAGGGAGCAUUAUCCUCGUCAUUUCACAAGUAAAAACAUGAGGAACACACACAUCUGCUUUUUUCUGCUGCUUCUUAAGCAUGUUUGAAUCCUUCCUCUUUCUCUGUGUCUGUCAUUUGCGCACAGUCCGUGAAUGUGUGUCUUUGACCAGAGACUCCGUCUACGUGGGAAAUGGGAAGGUGCAGCUGGAGCUUUGCCAAGAAGCAAGAGUAGCAUGCUGCUUCCGUGCUCCAGUCAGAAGAGAGCAGAAGGGCAUGGUCUCAGUCAGCCACUAAACAGAGGGACACACACACAAACACACACACACGUGUUGGCUCUAUCUCCGUCGUCCUGAGCCCAAAACCACAGAGGGAACAAUUCUGUGUAUGUACGCUGGAGGGGCCGCAUUAAAGGACAAAGCAACAGAUGUAUCUGAAAGACUGGAAGAAUUAGAAGUCCUAUAAAUCCAUAUAACCCAGCAUGCUGGAGAACUGCAAGACCUUCUCAACAAGUGUGACCAUCUCAAUUAAGUGAGCCUGUUCUGAGCUCUUUUUCCCCCACUAAUGGCAAGAAUGAAGAGGGACCGGUUCCUGUUGGCUGUCACCUUCAUCAUCAUUCUUACAGUUGAUGUCUACUUUGUUCUGCUUCCCAGGCUGAGAGCCUGGUAUGACUUAUCCAGGGGUGGCUGUAACUGCAAUGGGGUUAAUGGCAGUGUUGGCUAUACUGAACAGGUUCCUCACAAAAAAACCUUGAGUUCUAACCUUGUCUCUCAAAAAGAAUCCAAGCUGAAGAGGCUUUUUGGCCAUCCACUGUACAAUAUUCAUCUUCCAGAACUAACUUCAGUUGAGAGAUUGCUGGAAGAAGAGGAGCUCAUGGAAUAUUACAGGAGGAAAUUGACCCGCUGGGAGAGACAGCAGAAGUUCUACAUUGAGGCCGCAGCAGCAUCGAACAUCUCAUUGCCUGAGCAACCUGUAAACUUUGAUCCUGAUGCUAGCUGGCUGAAAUUCCAUUUGGGAAUCAACCGAUAUGCACUGUACUCCAGAGAUGACCAAAGCAUUGAUGAGCUACUGCAAGAUAUGCAGAGUGCCACUAUCAUUGGAGCAGAUUACACUCAAGAUGAAAAAGCCUUAAAGGGAGCAUGUGACUGCUCACAAGUAGUUAAGCCAAGUGGCCAUCACCUGAAACUUGCACUGAAGUUGCAAGACUUUGGGAAAGCUAUGUUCAAACCUAUGAGACAGGAACGACAUGAAGAGACACCUGAAGACUUCUUUUAUUUUGUUGACUUCCAGAGACACAAUGCAGAAAUUGCCUCCUUCCACCUGGACAGAGUCCUUGAUUUCCGGAGAGUUCCGCCUGUGGUUGGGAGACUCAUUAAUGUCACUGGCGAGGUAUUGUACACCACAUACAACGAGGAGCUCCGUAGUGUCUUCUUCACCUCGCCAGCUAACAACACAUGCUUCUUUGCCAAGUGUCUGUACGUGUGUAAGACGGAAUAUGCGGUGUGUGGACAUCCAGACCUUCUGGAAGGAUCCAUGUCGGCCUAUCUGCCUGGACUGAGUGUAGCACCCCGCAUUUCCAUCCCCAGCCCCUGGAUCCGCUCUUAUACCUUUACUGGAAAAGAGGAAUGGGAAGUAAAUCCAUCAUACUGUGACACCAUCAAAAGACUAUACCCCUACAGCUCUGGAAAUAGACUACUGAAUAUCAUUGACAUGGCCAUAUUUGACUUCCUUACAGGAAAUAUGGACCGGCACCACUAUGAAAUUUUUACCAAGUUUGGUGACGAAGGUUUUCUGCUUCACCUUGACAAUGCAAGAGGGUUUGGAAGGCACUCCUAUGACGAAAUGUCAAUUCUGGCACCACUGACGCAGUGCUGCAUGAUCAAGCGCUCUACGUUGCUGAGGCUGCAGCUGUUGUUGCAACCAGAGUAUCUACUCAGUGAUGUGAUGAGAGAGUCUUUGUCUCGAGAUCCACUCAGACCCAUUUUGACUGAGCCCCAUCUGCAGGCUCUGGAUCGGAGACUGGAGCGUGUGGUCAGGUCUGUGAGUAGAUGUGUGAAGAAGUUUGGGGAAGCCAAGGUGGUGGUCACCGACUUCAUGGAGACCUCCGGUGCAGCUACAGAGAGAAACCACAAAAAAAGCAGGUGACAGAUGCCGACAAGAGAAAAAAACAAAGGAAAAAUGUAAAGAAAGUGGUCAUAGACUUUGUGGAGGCCUCCAGUAGUUGUAAACAGGGAAUCCAGGGCAAAUGGAUGCAGACGUGUGAUAAAGAACAGAGCGUUCAAGCCAAGGAUUGAUAGAAAAACACUGGAACACUGACUCAUGGAUGUACCUCAUGAUUCUGGCCUGGAAUAGAAGGACCUUUUCUAUUUCAUUUCCUAACAAUUGCCUAUGGAUUAAAAAAUGUGUAAGUGAACAAGCACUAUUUGUAGAUGUGCACAUAUUGUACCAAAUUGUUGCACGAUGGAUACUUCACUGUGGGGGAAGUUGUUUUCAGAAUCGUAAAACUGACAGACGACGUCAUGUUCCUGAGAAGCGGCUGUGGGAUUUGCGGUGUACUUUUCAGGCAAACACAUGUUUGUGUGGAACUUUCAAACAUUCCCCUGAUUAUCUGCUUUUUUCUGCAACAUUUUAAACAAAUACUCAUUAGGGAGAUAGGGACAGACAGGGCAGAGAGCAGUGAAGAGGUUGAUUUCUUCAGAGAAAAGUAUAUGCCAUUAAAAUGUCUAAAACAUUUGGAUUUGUGGCUUUCGGUCCAGACGGCGAGCAAGCAUAUAAUCCUUGGCUGUCUCUUCGUUUCACAGUUUGUAGGCUUUCAAGUGGAAUCUCAAACCUGCCAGAAAAAAAUCAUCUGAACUAUUUACAGGCAACUCUUCCUUUGCCAAAACUUUGUUCCAACUUGUGGUAUGCAGUUUAUUGCAACACAAAUGUCAAAGGUAGAAGGUAGAAAGUAGUUUUUGGAACAAGCUGCAGCAUGUCUGUCAUUAGAGCUGGUCUGCUUGUUUCUAGUGACAACUAAAAAUGCCUCUUUUUUCAAAUCUGUAAAACGGAUUUUAAAAAAGCAAGCAAAUGUUUGAGACAUGAAACGAUUAGUGAAAAUUAAGCGAAAAAAGUUGAAUCAGUUCUUAAUCUCUAGUUUUAAUGAAGUCCCAGUUGAAAUUACUGAGCAUUCUACCCAUUAUAUUUCCUGCUUAAGAAAAACUAUACUGCUUCAUUGUAAGAUACAGAAAAUGUGGUUAGCCAAGAUUUUCUUGUGCUUUUGGAAUGCUUACAUGGAAUUUCUACUUAUUAGCAAGCUUUCCUUUAUUCCACAAAGCAGUUCAGGGCAAGCCAGUGCAGUUUCAGUGGGGGCCAGGUUUAUCCAAGUUUACUUUCCACUUUAAAACUUAGCCAGUUUCAGCACUAUAAACCAGUGUCAAUCAUGGAUACGAAACAAGCCACUAUUUUUCCAGAUUUAACAAACAUUAAGCUAAUAACUGAACCAAAACCAAAAACUGCCCCCUUGUGGUUGGCAUACAUUAUGACUUCAUUUUAAUGAUACAUCCAUUUGCCCUACACAGGAUUAAACACUUCAUGAUUAAGCAUUCAGUAGAAAAAAUGAAUACAAACAUCUCGGCAACUUUUUAUUGCUUAAACUGCCAUUACGACAAGCUAUACCAAAAAAUCAUUUUGUUGAUGACACACUGGAAAUCAACGCAAAACUGAAAUCAAAUUUAAAAAAGAAAAAGAACAUAUGGUCCACUGUUUAUGGUACCUGCAGUUCUAAUGACUGCAAGUGUCAAGAAACCAGCUCAAGGUUUGGGCUAGCAAGAGUAUAGAGUCUUUAGUAACAAAAGCCAAGCAAAGCUAGAUUAAUAUAUGUUUUUAUACAUAGAAAGAUAGAUGAUCAUAUAGACUGUGAGUGAGAAACUCUGGGUACCUUAGGGCAUAAAAUACUAUUUAAUAAAUAUAUAAUGUGAAGGAAUAAAGUGUAACAAUGAUGAGAGAGGGCACUGGGCAUUCUCUAUGGCUUAUACACUUUAAAAACAGGUAUCCUGUAAAUAAAAGGGCAAGUCAAAUGAAAACAUUAACUUCUUUAAAUUUAUUUAUUUUUUUUGGUUAUUGCAAAUAGGUGUUUUUUCAUUUUUCUAUAUAACCUACAUUUAGUUCAAUACAAGUGUUCCAGUGUGUAAUGAGUGCCUGGAUUCUUUUAGAAACAAAUUUGCUUUAAUUCUAAUUUGUCGCAAUUUUAAGGUUUUCAUUUGACUCACCAUCAUAUAUUUUUACAGCCUUUAUGCAUUGAAAUUGUGCUAUUUAUUCUACAUUACAAACACAAAACCACAAAAACAUAUUUUGCACAAAACAAUGUGUUGUUGCAUGAAGUUCAGAAAAAGCACGCAUACAUUAAUUAAUAUGGCACAAAGCUCCUAAAGUAAACUUAUUGAAAUUAAAAACGACAGUAUGGAACAACUUACUGAAACUGGCAUUGCUAAUACUGGAGAUUUACAGUCUGUUAAAUCUUGCUAUUUUGCUUAAUUGCUAAUGUGAUAACUGGAAAUAUUCUUGGCUGGUAUUAGGACUGUAAUAAUUUGAAUAAGACUUCUUGUUGUGACUUGCAUUUUGGCACUGGCUUUGAACCCCGGUGAAACUAUCACUUCCAUUCAAAUAAAGCCUUGGUGCAAGUGAAA